UGUCCCAUAGACCAUCCUGCAGUUUGUGAAUGCCCAAGCUUUGUCUCAACACAAGGACAGAUUGCUGUUUGUUGAACAGAUCAAGCGCGAGACUUGGUUUAGGCGAAUACUUGAGGUCUGCCACUGCCGAACUUAAGAUCUCUCCGGUCACCACGAAGAUCAAGUGCAAAUCAUGGCCGAAAUCCGAUCUCUACUGAACCCAGUGAUGGAUGAUUGCAAUCAUGACAGCAAUGCUGAUAGCAACGACGAUGUUGUUACUCAAAGCAGCCAUACCUCAACCGACACUGCUAGACGGGAACGGGAGCACGGCCACGACAAGCCCAUGCGAAAGAAGCAGAAGGUCUGCAAGGAUGCUGCACUCUUCAAGGCCGACACUAUUCGAGGGGACUGUCGAUACCCACCACAUGAGGAACAGGACGAAAUGCUUGCUGCAAAACAUCAGAUGUACGAAGUCUAUCCCGUGGGCCAGAUUACAGCCUACCCCCGACACAUACCGUACAACAGUGGGAAGAAGUUGUUCUGGGAGAAGACGGGCAGGGAAAGCUUCGAAGUGUUUCAAUAUCAAUUCAAAAUCCCCGGUGAUUCAACCACGUACACCAUGAUAUGGGACUACAACGUUGGACUGGUUCGAACCACGCCGCUGUUCAAGUGCGGAAACUACUCAAAGACGACUCCGGCCAAGAUGCUGGCUCGAAAUAUUGGAUUGAAAGAACUUUGUCACAGCAUCACUGGGGGAGCUCUUGUGGCACAAGGUUAUUGGAUCCCAUAUGAAGCAGCAAAAGCUAUAGCCGCAACCUUCUGCUGGCACAUUCGCUAUGCGUUGACGCCUGUCUUUGGCAUUGACUUUCCAGGCAUCUGCCUUCCUCCUGGCCACAAACAUUUUGGUUCCAUGCAGAUCGAUCCUGAAAUUACUAAGAGAUGUGCUUUGCAAGCUCAACACUAUCGGGAGAUGGAAGGACAGUUAACACCAGCACCGUCAACAGCACCAGGAACACCACCAACCCCAUCUAAGGGAAAGGCUGCCUUAACGUACAAGAGAAUCAUGCCGAAGCCUCCCAAUGCAACCGACUCUGCCAGUGAAUCCUCGGCAGACGUAGGCUAUGAGGACAAAUACCAGCUUUCGUCUCCCUCACCUUCAAUUACUUUCAGCAGUCCUUGGUCCGCAGUCAACUCUCCUCGCUCACCAUCGCCUAAAGUGGCAUUCAGGAACCCGUGGUCCCCAGCAACCACCGCUCGCUCAGACUCUCCUCAGUCUAAUUCACGCAAGAGAGGCCGGCUGGCAGAGCCUCCAAGAUCUCACACAGAGCUUGACCUCCUACCUCCGCCACGAAAGCCGUUGUACCCACUGGUCGAUAUCAUGCCAGCUCAGACUCAGAACUCACUUCCUACUCCUCUCCAGACACCGUGUACCCCCGAGAUAUCUCCAAAAUCAGGUUCGGGGUUUCUCCGCGAUAGCGGCAACUACAAUGCUUGCUCGGGUGAUGACAUGGCACAGCGAGGUGAAAAGAGCAAGGGCGAUGGUUCGGAUGGUUUCACUGCCACACAAGCUGCGUAUACUCUGAUGCAAUUGGGAAUGCGGAAAGAUGAAUUUCAGCGACAGCCGAAGUCACGCAAACGUCGUGCGUCAGCCUGAGAAAUCGAAAAGAUGACAAGGUGGGCUUGCGAGAUGGGGUGUUUUUGAUGGGAAACAGCCAUCUGAGGGCUUCAUAGAAUCUCCCUAAGUUGUGACGAUUGAUAUCACACUCUUGUUGCUUCUCAAUGCGAC